AUGAUCUCCAUUCAGCAGCUGGUAGGCAGAUGGCUCUUCGUGGAGACCAAAGGCUUCACCGAGUACAUGAAGGAACUAGGCGUGGGAAUGGGCGCCAUGGCCAAGCCAGACUGCGUCAUCACCUCUGAUGGCCAAAACCUCAUGGUAAAAACUGAGAGCACGUUGAAGGUGACACAGUGCUCAUGCAACCUGAGAGACAAGUUUGAAGAACCUACAGCCAAUGGCACAAUAACUCAGGCCACCUGCAACUUUGUAAACAGUGCAUUGGUCCAACAUCAGGAAUGGGACGGGAAGGAAAGCGCCAGAACCAGAAGAUCGGAAGGCGGAAGUUAG